AUAAACAGGAAAAGUGUCUGUACGCAGGCAUUCACUUGUGCUGACUGUUACCAGUGUUUUGGUGCAAAAGCAAGAAGGCAAUUCUGAAAGCAGCUUCCAGAGAGAGGUACUUUUACUUAAUUAUCACCGAGGAAGAAAAGAACUGAUAAUACAAGUUCACAUCUGUGGCAAUCCAGCUGUUAAACUUUUCUCAGUUAUCCGAGCAUUGCAAAUCAGAAGUGGCACACGCAAUUUCAUUGAGAAGCAAUUCAAAAGCAGAUUAUACAUUAUUUAAUUCCACAAGCAAACAGUCAAACAAAUCAUCAUCAUCAUUUUGACGAGUGACUGAUACAGUGUCUACACAAGAAACAAUGUAUCAUUCAAGAAAAACCAUUCUGAUGUGGAUUACGUCACUACUGCUGUUGUUCACUGUGGUGUGUGGAAUGCCCUUUGACGAAGCAAUAAAAAAUUUGUCAGAUGAAGCAAGGGGAAGUGCAAGAGUAACAAGAAGAUCUACAUGGGGAGGUGACAGUUUCAUUGGAAAAGAAGUGGACAGAUGCUGUGAAAAAGGUUACGAUUGCUGUGAACGGCUUAUGCCUGCCUGCUGCCUGUUUGACCUUCAGUGCUGCUACGACAGCAUCGACAGGUUGAAGGAUUGUUGCAUGGCUGGCACCCCUAAGAGCGAAAAAUGCUGUCGUCAGCUGAUUUUCCUCCACGAUACAUGCUACGGACAUGAAACAGGAGGGCGUAAAAUGCACUGCUGGAUCUACAUGAGCCGAACGUGUGCGAAAAACAAAAUGUUACAGGAGAACUUGGUCUGCAACAAGCGCUACACAUGGGAUGUUGUGCAGUGAAUGGAAUAGCCAUUUGCUUGAAAUAAACACAAGCAUAUCACCUAAAAAAAAAAUUCAGAAUGGAUCAACUGAAUCCUACUGGCUGUCUCGAUCCAUCUUUACAGUUUGGACAAUGUUGAAUGUUCAUUUUAGACUUAAAUCACUCUGCAAACUAUGUGGGUUUUUUCCAUCAUUGCCUACCAUUAUUAGCAAUGCAUGUCAUAUUUCAAAGACUUUUCUUUCAUAGAUUGCGUCACAGAAACAGCAAUGCAUUAUGGGAAAUUGGAACAUCCCACAUCAGUGCUCGAUCCAACUUUCACAGACUUUCGUGUCUGCUUGCAUACUAAGAACUGAACUCUACUGAACUUGGCGAACCUCAAGCUAUUAAUAUGACAAUAUACAAUAUCUGGGUAUUCUUCAAUACUUGGCUGUACUCACAAUGAGUGAAAUUAUAUGGUUCUUAGAGCUUAAUUUAUGUCAUCAAUGGUUGGUAAUUAUCAGCCACUUGCCAUGCUAGCACUAUGCCAGAGAAAGUAAAAAUUCACAGACUAUAUAUAUUUUUCUUAUCCAACUGAUCAGUUGUUGAUUGGUGGACAAAUGUGUUAACUUGGCAUCCGAAGUGUUGUGGAUUUUUUUUAAAAUCUUUUACUUGAUUUCUACUUCGUUUAUUCAUCUACUUUUUAAAAUCCAUCUCCUUUUUACAGGGGCUACCUAUACUGUACAGAUGCAUGUAAAAGAUAUGUUAUUUUUUCUUUUUGAAAACAUUUUAAAGGAAAUAUAUCAUAAACAUGUG